CCCCCCGACACUCUGUCCCGACACCAUCACACUAAGAAGUGGAUUGAGAGAGAGACGGGGAUAAAUGGAUGGGGAGGGGGGUGGUUGCACCAUUGGGGAAGAGGAGAGAGAGAGAGAGCGAGAGAGAGGGCGAUACCGAGCACCAGUGGCAGGGAAACACACCCGCCAGCCGCGUGCAGAGGAGAGAAAAAAAGGCAGCACGGACAAAAGAAACAUGGAUGCAUUAGAGAAGUAUCCACUCAAACAGAUAACGGAAUGGAUGUGCCGUUCCUCCUGCACCUAACGGGGAACGAAUUAGCCUAUUUUAAUGCGGUGGUGCGAGGCGAGGUAUUGCAAGCUAAAAAGGCGGAAAGCAGUAUUUAAUCCGUCUGCGGAUCCCAUGAGCUGGCAAUGGCUGUUAUGGGGAUAUGUAGCUGUAUAGGAAACAAUGUGGCUCUUUCUUUUGUUGCAUUUUUCUUAUUGUGUGGCCUUUCACUUGGACAACUACGGUACUCUAUUCAGGAGGAAGUAGAAAAUGGAGCGGAGGUGGGGGAUCUUGUGCAGGACUUGGGGUUGGAUAUUCGAAAGCUCUCCAAUCGAAAGAUAAAGGUAACCACCAGUGGAAAACGGUAUGUGGAUGUCAAUCCCCAAAAUGGGAAAUUACUUGUCAAUGAAAGAAUCGACAGAGAGACGCUGUGUGAUUUGAGCAGCACCUGUCUUAUACAUUUAGAGGUGCUUGUUGAAAACCCAUCCGAGGUGCACAAUGUCGAGGUGGAGAUUGUGGAUGCGAAUGACAAUGCGCCGCAGUUCCCUAGUGACGAGUAUCAAUUGGAAAUUGCAGAAUCGGCUUUACCAGGGUCUCGUUUCCCCAUUGAGAACGCCCUGGAUCCGGAUGUGGGAUCCAAUUCCGUUCGUCUGUAUCGACUCAGCCCAAACGAACACUUCGCACUUGAUUCCAACAAGCCCUCCCUCAACAGCAAGAACAUUGAGCUCGUGCUCAAAAAGCCCCUUGACCGUGAGCUGGCGCCUUACCACCAAUUCAUUCUGACUGCUGCAGAUGGCGGAACACCAGCAAAAACCGGUUCAGCUCUAAUUAAUGUGCGAGUCCUGGACACCAAUGACAACGAUCCUGUAUUUGACAGCUCAAUGUACAAAGUCAAAUUGUUAGAAAACUCACCAAAAGACACACUGGUCAUCAAAUUGAACGCCACAGACCAUGACGAGGGUACCAAUGGGGAGGUGUAUUACUCUUUCAGCAGCUACACUCCUGAGAGAGUCAGACAGAUGUUCAGCAUGGACAGCAACACGGGAGAGAUCAGAGUGAGGAGGAUUGUGGACUACGAAGAAACCAACUCUUAUGAGAUGUACAUCCAGGCCAUGGAUAAAGGCCCUGGUGCUGUGGCAGCCCACUGUAAGGUGGUGGUGGAGGUGGUGGAUGUGAAUGACAACGUCCCAGAGAUAGUCCUGUCCUCUCUCUCCAGCCCAGUGAGGGAGGAUGCCCGGGCUGACACCGUGGUGGCCCUGAUCAGUGUCACAGAUCGGGACUCUGGUGCCAACAAACAGGUGAACCUGGAGAUACCGCCGGGCCUGCCCUUCAAGAUCAAGUCCUUCAGAAACUACUACACCCUGGUCACCUCCGCCUUCCUGGACCGUGAGACCACCGCUGCCUACAAUGUCACCCUUAGCGCCACUGACGGUGGCACCCCACCCCUCUCCUCCCAGAAGACCAUACAGGUGGAUGUGGCUGAUGUGAAUGACAACCCGCCGCGCUUCGAGCAGACCUCCUAUACGGUCUAUGUGACUGAGAACAAUGCCCCCGGGGCCUCGCUGUGCACCGUGAAGGCCCAGGACUCCGAUGUCAACGAGAACGCACGCAUCACCUACACCGUCCUCAAUGACAACAACCACGGUAUCCCCGUCACCUCCUAUGUCUCUGUGAAGGCCGACACGGGAGAGGCAUACGCCCUGCGCGCCUUUGACUAUGAGUCACUCAGGGAGUUCCACUUCCAGGUCAAAGCUCAGGACGGGGGCAUCCCGCCCCUCAGCCGGGUGGCCACUGUCUACAUCUACAUCAUGGACCAGAACGACCACGUGCCUGAGAUCGUCAAGCCCCCAGGCAACGGCACACGCUCUAUAGAGACGGUGCUGAAGAACGCCGAAGCUGGCGUCCUGGUGACCAAGGUGGUGGCGUACGACGCAGACGCGGGUCCCAACGCCUGGCUGAUCUAUGUGUUGGAUCAGUCCACAGACUUGGACCUGUUCAAGGUGCAUGAACACACAGGGGAGAUCCGCACCACUCGCAGGGUCCUGGAGGACAACUCCACCUCCUUCAGCCUGACUGUACUGGUGAGAGACCACGGCCAGCCUCCUCUCUCCUCCACCGCCACCGUCAAUGUGGCCGUCAUGGAGGUGCCACCCAAAGUGACCCCUGACCCCAAGAGGGUCAUCCGGCCCCACAGCACCCUGCUCUUCUCCAACGUGACCCUCUACCUGAUCGUGGCCCUGAGCGCCACCACCUUUGUGUUCCUGGUGACCGUGGUGGUGCUGGCCAUCGUGCGCUGCCAUGCUUACUGCACCCAGCCUGGCUCCUGCUCCCCCUGCUGUGUGUCCCAGAAGACCCCCCCUGAUGGCGGGAGCAACAGCACAGUAGGUGGUUCUGGGGGUGGAGGUGGUGGUGGAGGUGGGGGACAACCCAAUAACAAUGUGGCGCUGCGGAGAGACCUCAAAGUGGAGCCUCACUACAUUGAGGUGCGUGGGAAUGGCUCCAUGACCAAGACCUACUGCUACAAGACCUGCCUGACGGCCACCUCAGGAAGCGACACCUUCAUGUUCUACAACACAGGCCGGCCCAUCAGCGGCACCUGGGGUUCCGAGCGCUUCUUCACGGGAGGAAGCGGAUUUGUACGGAGACUGAGCAUGCCCGACGCUUCACUGCAAGUCUGUCCAGAGCCGAAGGCCCCAAAUGCUGACUGGCGAUACUCCACUUCUUUGAGGGCAGGGAUGCAGAGCUCGGUCCAUAUGGAGGAGUCGUCAGUGAUGCAGGGAGCCCAGGGGAUGCUGGUCCAGAACUGGCCCACAGUGUCCAGCGCUGCAGAUGGUGAGGGGGGCGAGCUGUCCCCUCCGGUUGGAGCUGGCAUCGACAGUAACAGCUGGCACUUCCGUUACGGGCCUGGCCCAGGCUACGGCCCCCCUCAGGUCCUGAGGCCCGGAGAGAUCCCGCCUGAAGCCUUCAUCAUCCCCGGCUCCCCCGCCAUCAUCUCUAUCCGCCAGGGCCCGGGAGGAGAGGAUGACAAGAGCGACUUCAUCACCUUCGGCAAGAAGGAGGAUGCCAAGAAGAAGAAAAAGAAGAAGAAGGACAAGAAAGACAAGAAAGACAAGGGGAAGGAGGAUGUGGACGAGUAGAGGAGAAAGGGGAGAUAUUAAAACAGAGCUACCAACUAAAGUCCAAAUAACAGAUGCAAGACAAAAAGCCAAGUGUAUAUUUUAGAAGCAGGAGAGCCUCCCUGUGGUGUGUUUGCAUAGUUAAGUCUGCCCAGCCAUGUCCCCAUUAGCAGAGGCCUAUCUCAAUGAAAAAGCCAAUUGUAGCCUCUGCCAGGUUGACCCUCCGAGGCUUCCAUACCUCUGGCUAUUAAACAGGCUUCAUAUGGGAUUUAAUAGGCUGUCAUUAGCCAGACAUUUGCUGAAAGAAAAUACUGUUUCUAAUCAAACAAAAAUACAUUUGAUUAGAAGAACCUUUCUACAAUGACGAUUAUGUACUCAACUUUUCCUGCCCCACUCUUUCAUCUAUAAAAUGCAAUAUGUGAGAGAAAUCUCACACACCAUUUUAAUGCCAUUGCUAUGACUAGUGUUACAGUCCUGCCAGCCACCUCCACAAACUGGCCUGAAAUAGGAUGCUCUUCCCUGGCCCUUCUGGCCCCAUGUUGGCAUCUCUGUCUUUACUCCGCCCCCUGUCUCCUCUGCUCUCCUGAUUGAAGGGGGAGAGGAGGAGCUCAAUCGGACAAAGAGUGAAACAGAGGCUCUCUUCUCCAAUAACAUGGAGGCCUUGUGAAAAAAAGGAAUACACAAUAGUUAUUUUAUACAAAAUAUAAAAAAGAGAAAGUGACCCAAACAAGACACCUGACAUCUGUGUAUGUAGUGUACGGUGAGCUGUGUGAGAUUAGAAUGGGUUGAGAUUAGUGCUGGCCGAGAUUGAAGGCUGGAUUAGACUGCCCAGGUUAUUUUCAGUGCGUGCUGAAGCCGGGGUGUUUCAUACCUGGCACUGUUGGCACUGUUGGCAGCAAAGGGCAGGGGCGAAGUACCUGGCCCCCAUCUCCUCACCUAGAACAGACAACAGGUCAGUGGGGCCUUGAACCCACAGUGUGCAACACACAACCACAAUAACUACCACACAUACGCUCACACUAGACAGUCAGGCCACAAUAACUACCACACAUACGCUCACACUAGACAGUCAGGCCACAAUAACUACCACACAUACGCUCACACUAGACAGUCAGGCCACAAUAACUACCACACAUGCGCUCACACUAGACAGUCAGGCCACAACAACUACCACACAUACGCUCACACUAGACAGUCAGGGCCGCCAUGCACACACCUCUCUGGAUACUAUAGAUCUCUAACCCAGCCAAAAGGCUGAGGCAUAGCAGUGGCCUGUUUGCUAUGGAUGUGUAAUAAACUCAGCAAAAAAAGAAACGUC